AUGCUUGCCCUUCCAGGCCUAACAGAGGAGCAGCGGGCGGACCUGCUGCUUACGCUGCCCCUCCAGCCAGCGGGCCUGGUGGAUGCCGUGUUCCUUGUGCAGGAUGAUGCAUCACUGGUGCUGGUGCUGAAGAGCCUCCUGUCAGACGCGGCGGGUGCGGGCCCCUUGAUGCCUGUCGCGGCCGGUGACGGGAGCAGCCUGCACAUCGUGGAGUGGCUGCGGCAGCCCAUGGUGGAACUCAAACUGCGCACGAGCGAGCGCGCAUCCGAGAGCAGAACCCAGGCGACGCAUCCAAGGACGUUCAGCGACAUCAAGCCCUGGGAGGACUUUGAGCCUGGCGUCAACCGCAUGCUGGCGGAGCUGCAGCUGACGACACACACGUGCCAGCGGGUGGUGCACAACGCCGGCCAAGCCCCAGGCACCCCUGGUGUAUGGGCCGCAGCAGCUGAUGAGAGCGAGAUCCGCAGUGCGCUGUUGUUUCAUCUGCACCAAGUGACGAGCGUGGCCCAGAAGCUGCUGGGGCUGGAUAUGGAGUAUGUGGGCAGUGGCAGCGGCCGGAGCAUGGCGUUCCAGGAUCUGGUGAUGCGCAAGUCUGGCAUCGGCAGCAACCGCGCCGACGUGAGCAAACUCAUCAUGGCGUCGAUCGAGGUCAAGGGCGACUGGGAAACCCCGCUACCCGCUGGCAUGAGCCUGGACGAUGCCCUGCGCGACAGCAAGCUGGGCGAGAGCAUCACGCCAGCGUUGCAACAGGCGUAUGGUGAUGCCAUCAUGGACGAGACGCCCUUCAUCAUGCUGUCCACAUAUCGUGUCUCCUACUUCCUGAUGCGGGACCUCAACGACGCGACCAACACAGUGCUCUGCGCCUCGCCGCCCGUGUGCUGGAACGGAGCUGGCGGCAUCCCGCCUUAUGCCGCCUGGCUGUACUGCCUGCGAUUGGCAAGCCAGCUGACGCUGGAUGUUAAGCAGCAGCUGCCGCGCAGCUUUACGCCUGCUACGCCGCCGUGUGGGUACCCGCGUGGCAGUGUCAACAGCGAUGACGGCGGCGAUGGCAGCAGCGGCAAGCCAACAGGGCGCGUGACCGCUCGUACACGCAAGCAGCCCGACCGCCUCGCCAAGCGCCAGCGUGACGCGUCAGCCGGGCAGUCAGCAGGCGCAUUCACAGCGCGCAAGCCAGAAGGCGGCGAUGGCGACACGGCCCGCGACAACGGCACGUCAGUGCCUACGUUCGACACGCAGUUGUGGCUCAACGCAGCCAGCUCCCAUGCUGGAGUGGAUGCUGUACCUGAGCUGCCGGAGCUCUCGUACGGCCAGCUGGGCAUCAGCGGCACCUAUUUGGGGGGCAGCAGGCGCCAUCAUGUUUUCAAGGGGUGCAUCAACGAGCAGCCAGCUGCUGUGAAGGUGUUCAAUUUCUACGACGACUUUGCCUGUGCGGACUUCUUGCGAGAGGUCGACGCCUACAUGCAGCUGCAGCCCUUGCAGGGCAGCUGCAUCCCGGAGAUGCUGACGGGCCAUGUGCUGCUCUGGGACCUAGAGCGCUGCGUUCUGCACGCCAAUGAGGAAGCGGUGGCCGCAGAUGAGAGGGACCUCGAGUCGCUGCUGCAGCCGUAG